AGAAUUUUCAAGAAUUUUUUCUAAAAUUAAUUUGUUUUAUCAUUUAAAAUCUAAUUCAAAAUGGGUGUGGGUAUGGGUGUAGGUGUGUGGAAGUUGAUAUUCUCUUUGCUGACACCCAUAUUCGCAGUCUUUUUUCGUCUUUUCUUAUCUUUCAAAUUAUUUUUUGUAGAUCCAACGUAAGAGUAGCUCUAUCAACAAUUAAUAAAUCUGAAGAUGAUCUUAUACAAUAUUGUCAACAUUUCUGUUCUAAUAACUUAUUAUUCAAAAAACGGUAAAAAAAAAGAACAUUUCCUAUUGAUAAAUAGAAAGUUUAUUCUAAAAAAAAUAAUUUUUUUAAAGCCUAUUUAAAAGAUUUUGUUCAUGGUCGAUCAGUUGAGGAAGAAGGUGAACAACAAGAUAUAGAUGAUGAUCUUUUCGGUAAACGUUUCGAAAAUGAUCUUCUUUGGUUGGCAAGAGAAGAUGUUAUGAAACCAUCACCAUCAGGUGGGAUAGCGUGUCAAAAAGAAAAUGAAGAAUCAUAUGAUUUUUAUUUUAAUAUGGGAAAAUCAUCAUGGGAUCAUCCAUAUGAUGAUAUAUAUAAAACACGUGUUAUUCAAGCACGAGAAAAAAAAACUUUAUCAUCCAUUGUAUUCGAUACACUUUCAAAAAAUUCUCAAGAUAUAAAUAGUGAUUCAAACGGUAUUGAUCGUGAAGAAAAUGAAUCAACAGCAGUUAUUACUCCAUAUUCUCCAAUGUCAUUUACUAUUAACACAGGUUAUUUGUCUUUAUAUACAGUGUGA